AUGUCUAAAACGCCAGCCAAGAAGUCACUUGGGGAACUUGUUAUUAUCGCCGUCAAGGCACGCCAUUUAGCAACUCCUGGCGUAGGCAAAGCCGAUCCAUUUGCCACAUUCAGAGUUGCUGGCGAUGCAAAGAGGACCCGUACUGACAAGCGCGGUGGUCAGCAUCCAGAAUGGGACGAAGAAGUCAGAUUUCAGAUCUUGGACGACGCAACUCACAAGACGCUCAAGGUACAGGUGUACGAUGAAGAUAAGAGAGAACAUGACUUGAUUGGAGAAGCUAUCAUUGAUUUGAACAAAGUAAUAGCCGACGGCGAGACUGAUGAUUGGUACGAGCUGAAGGUGAUGAAAAAGAAAUUUGCUGGUGAAAUAUUUCUGGAGAUGACAUUUUAUAAUGCUAGUGCUCCUCCACGGCCUUCCAAGCCAGCAGGGCUUACGAAUGAAUUCCGGCAGCGGCCAGAAAAACUACCUCCCAAAGCAUCUCCACCCCCACCACGUCCUAAUUCAACAAUGCCUCCGAGCUAUUCUGCUCCUCCUCCUUCAUAUCCACCCGUGCCUGCGCCAGUAUCUGCUCCUGCCGCCCCUGGAUAUCCACCGCAACCUCAGAGUACAUUGAACUAUCCACCAAACAAACCUCCCGUACCCGUCAGUCAAGGAUCAUAUUAUCCGCCACCUCCUCCAGCGGCCUAUCCGCCGCAGCCAAAUGUUUAUCCUCCAGUAACACCAGCAUAUCCACCACCUGGUCCCUCUGUUUCGCCUCCGGUCUCAUCACCCCCCCCUCCCAUUGCUUUUCCUACUCCAGAACCUACUCCCGCUGGUGCCUAUCCAUAUAACAAUGGGUAUCCACCUGCACCUGGAUAUCCACCUGCACCGAAUAAUGGCUAUCCCCCAUCCGCUUAUCCUCAGCAAAAUGCAUAUCCGCCAUCACCAUAUUCACAUGGCAGUUACAGCUCAGGCUAUCCUCCAUCUUGA